ACGUACGGAUGGAGCUGAGAUGACCAUAAUGAACGUGAGCGAAGGUAAGCCUCUUAUAGCCGGUUGUCUGGACGUCCUCUCUACAGAGAAGCUUCAAGAUGCGCCAGUUAUCGUUUCUUUCAUUGUGCUCUGUGUUAUUAACGUGAUUGUAGUCGCUGGAAAUGUGCUCGUUAUUCUGUCUGUGUUCACGUCAGCAAAGCUACGAACCGUGACUAACUUCUUCAUCGUCUCAUUAGCCGUGUCGGACUUACUCGUCGGCCUUGCGGUACUGCCGUACUCGAUGACCUUAGAAGUGUUGGACGUGUGGGUUUUUGGGAGCACGUGGUGCCACAUCUGGCUGGCUGUCGACGUGUGGCUCUGCACUUCGUCGAUUCUCAAUCUGUGUGCUAUCAGUGUUGACCGCUACCUCGCCAUAACCCGACCUGUCCACUACCGAAGCAUCAUGUCGUCUCGACGGGCCAAACUGGUGAUCGCGGCCGUAUGGGUCUUCGCUUUUAUCAUCUGUUUUCCUCCACUGGUGGGCUGGAACGAUAGUCGUCCUUCGAGUGAGAACCUGAAUUCCUCGCUGUCACAGAACCACGAAGAAGGCACUUCCUUUCUAGCAGAAAACAACGUAUCGCUAGUCAAUCAGUCACGAAGAUUCGACAGUCACAUAGUGCUUUCAACGCUGGUUGAAAGUCAGCUACUUAUCUGGGACGAGAACUGGGCUAACCGGACGUAUCUGUCAACUUCUGAAAAUACCACUGUCAGUUGUUCUUUGUCCGGUUGUUCUCUGAACAGCAACAAAGGCUACGUUAUCUAUUCUGCUAUUGGUUCUUUCUACAUUCCCAUGUUAGUAAUGUUGUUCUUCUAUUGGAAGAUCUACGCAGAAGCCAGCAAGACCGGAAGGGCUUUACGGAGAGGAUUCAAGACCACUAAGUUAGGUAAGUGCAAGAAUGGACAAGGGCAGGAGGAGUCGUUGACCUUACGAAUGCACCGAGGUAACGCCGUAUCCAACAUACACGCACAAGAACGUUCUUCACACAGCCAAGGUGUUCGGACAAAACGUAGGUCACCGUUGGCUAAACCCGUUGGGGAAAAUGCUCGAACCAGUUCUGCCACAAGUGAAAGGAUAUUGUCCACAUCUUUCGGUUCUGGUAAGGAAGAGGAAAACAGUUCUAAUACAACACCAGGUUUCCAUGACAGCCAUACCGGGGAAGACAGAUUGUUUUUUACGCGCAUGAGCAGACGAAAUGCUCGUUGGCAUGCUAGACGUUUUCACGCCGAAGCUAAGGCUGCCAAGACUGUGGGCAUCAUUGUUGGGGGCUUCGUCUGCUGUUGGUUACCGUUCUUCACCAUCUACCUAAUAGGGGCUUUCUGUGAGAGAUGUAUUUCCUCGCUGUUGUUUUCAAUAUUCUUUUGGCUGGGCUACUGUAAUUCAGCCAUAAACCCCUUUAUUUACGGUCUUUUUAGCCAAGAUUUUAGAUUUGCGUUCAAACGGAUCUUGUGCCGUUGUAUGAUGAAACCGGAAGGGAUUUCCUUGCUCAUCAGACAAAUCCACAUCCCUCUGGUGGUGGACGAUCCACGCGAGAUAACCGAUUCUGGUUGAACGAGGAAAGACCGUUUAAACUGGACAUUGAAUAUUGUGCUCACAGGUUCAACCAUAAAUCCACACAAUCCGAGUAACGUUGUUCCGUGGCUCGUGCUGGUAUUCGAACGUAAAUAAAACUGUGAUUUGAGUAACAGUUGGAACGUAACGUUCAAUAUAGUCCUCAAAUCUAAAGCACCUAGCGUCAUUGUAACAUAUAGUUAGUGUUAACAGUUGAAUAGAAACUUGUAUCUGGUAUUUGCGUGUGUUGUUAGACACAUCAACAAGACAUAUAUAUAUAUGUGUGUAUACAUUGUGGCUUAGAGUUUAUUCUUUAUUAUUCGUGCCAAAUAAGCCUAAAGGAUUGUCUUGUGUAUUUCAGUGGUGUGUAAAACAUUUACACAAAUUCACAAACAGUCCUCCAAAGGUGGUAACCUAACAAUACCUGUCGGAGAAAAAAAAGGUCAAACUACAGCAGUAAAACUGAGAAACACCAUGGUCCUAAAAAUAGCUUUUUGUCAGUUAAAAUUUAUGAAGUUUAAACAAGAGUUUCUGUCAGUCAGCUUUUAAUCUACCAGAGGGCGUCAAACCUUCAGUUGAUAAAUGUCUUCUACAAGAAACGAACAAAUCUACCAGAGUGUCGCGACCCCAGUUUAAUUACCACUGAGCCUUCGACCUGAACACUCGUGUCAUUAUUCGGUCAAAGAUCAAAUGCAAAAUCUAAUCAUAAUGAAAGUAAUUUUAUUCAGAAGUCAAGCCAUAAUUUUAUUGUUUUAAUAUUUUAAACUGUUCAAUCGAUUUUUUUCAAUCAUUUAGAAUUUGAUUUACAAAGUUUCGCUUGUAUUACGGCAUUACUGGCGACUGAAAGGCUUACUCCUGAUAAAGCGAAGUACAUUUUAACAUAAAUUAUAGUUAAUGGUAUCGGAGCGCGUUUUAGGGAUGGUUUUUUUAUGAAAAGAAGCACGCGGCUGUGUUAUAAAUCUCUUUUUUUUCUCUCUCUCUCUUGGAUCUAAGCUGUUCUAAGAAAGACACUUCGCAGGUGCUUCGUGGUUUCUAUAAUUUUUUAUACUUUACGUUUUGAGAUUAAAGUUUAAACUUUCAUACCGAAAAGAAAACAACACAAAGGACUGUACUUAAUAAAAAUAUAUUUACAAAGUAACAUAAAAAAGACUAGGUUUGUUACUAACUCAAGACUAUUAACACAAAAUCCAUAAUUAAAUAAAACUGUACUGGCCUACAACACCAAACUUAAUAACACAUUGUUGAAUAAAGAGACCCUUUCAUCAUACGUUUCUCUCUUCGGCCACCAGCUGGCUCCGCGGUCGGUCUGAGGGCUUAUAU